CCACGGUUGUUUUGACGUCGGCCGCCGCUAUUGCGCAUGAAAAAAAAUUCGCGUUGCCCUUGGCAGUAGCCUAUUUAUCGAGAGGAGUGCGACUGCCGUUGCCGAUAAGAGAGCGAAUUUCGGCCAGCCGCCCGUAUCUGCGAGCCAUCAUCACUCGUUUCCGUUCGUUCGUCGAUCGGUCGUGUUUCCUCGUCGUGCCGUAACACGUUUUCCACGAAGCAGAGACUCCGAACGGUCGUAGCGAGAAAGAAAGAGAGAGAGAGAGAGAGAGAGAACACGCCUCGCCGUGUGCGGCAAAGGUCCCCCUCGCGCCCUUCUUCCUCGUGGCGCCUGUGUCGUCGUCGUGAAUCGUGUGCGUGCCGCGCGCGUUAUUGCCCGCGUAUCGCGCUCUCCGUCUGUCUGUCUGGCCGCUAGUUGGUCGCGCGCACGACCGUCCCCGAUUCCCUCUCUCGCCCUUCGUCGGUCUAUCUCUGUUCCUCUCUGCGCGUGCGUGAGUGUCGGUGUAGUCCGUGCACGCGCGUGUGUAAGUAAAAGAGAGAGAGAGAGAGAGGGAAAGAGCGCACGCGCGCGCGCAUCCGUGUGUACACACGUCACCGUCGUGGAGCACGCAGUAAAUUGUGUUAUUCGGAGAGACAAACAGGUGCAGGAAAGAAGAGGGUGCCCAACGUGCAACGUACGUUCGCGCUCGCAAAACGGCCGCACCUCGUGUCGCGUUCGCGCCGAGAAUCGGUGUGUCGCUCGUGUGUGUCGACUCUCCGUGUCUCGCCUCUCUGCUCGUGCUCUCGCAGAGACGUUUUCCCGUCGUCCCUUCUCCCCUUUCCCCCCUCUCCCCUUUAUCCCGUCGCCGGACGCGCGAAUUGCUCGCGCGAGGAAUGCGCGAGCGGCGGUGGCGCGUCUGAGCGCCGUGUUGGAGCGUCGGAGCGACGUCGGCGCGAGCUCCUCUCCGGCUCCCGCGAGAUCUGUGUGGCGGGCGAAAUAGACGAAACCGCGUGACAGGUGGAUUCGAGGCGUGCCGAGACGUGAAGAGAGAGAGAGAGAGAGAAGGAGAGUGAAAGAGGGAGAGAAAGAGACAGGAACGGAGCGACGACGACGACGACGAGAGUGAGAGAGAGUGCCGUCGCGACAUCUCGGAGUCAUCGGGCGCGUUCGGCUUGCGAUCGGCGUAGGAUUUCCCCUAACUUGGGUUUCGACGCCGCAGCGUCGUGGAAGAAGAGGGUGACUGUGAGCGUCGUGGUAUCAUCGUGGCCGCCGCAUAUCGUCGCUGCCGUCACCGCUGUCGUCGUCGUCGCCGCCGUCGCCGUCACCGUAGUCUAGCGGUGGUGGCCAUGGCUCGCCAUUGUUAUUGUUGUCGUUCUUCCUAACCUACGAGGAGGUAGACGUCCUCCUUCUCCUUCUCCUCCUCCUCCUCCUUGACUACCGCUGCGAGGGAGAGAGAGAGAGAGAGUGAGAGAGAAGAGAGACAGAAAGAGAGAGAGACGGAGGAGCGAGCGAGGCGGCGCAGCACGACGCAGCACGCCCUCGUCGGAGCAGCUCGAUGCCGCUGCUGCUGCUGCUGCUGCUACUGCUGCUACAGUAACUCGCGACGUAUAUUUACGAAACGCGCUCGGCCACUCCCGCUAUCGUUUCCGUCGCGAGACUGUCAAUGUGCGACGGCGGAGCCUGUGAGCGCGCGAUAAGAACGUCGGAGAGUCGUACUCGACACGAGGAGGGCAGCAUCGCAGCUUCGCUCGCUCGGCGGAACAUCGGUGGAGCAUCGGCGAAGCGGCGGCGGCGACGGCGCGCGUUCUCGCGCAGGAAGCAUCGCACAGCUCCACACUGCUGACACGUGGACGCGUGGCCCGCGUUGUUGUGUGGUGCCCGCGAAAGUGCGCGGAUUGCGCUCCACCGUGGCGAUUGAGCGACAUUAAUCGGGAGGAGGAGAAACGAAAGAGAGAGAGAGAGGGAAGAGCCAUCGCAUUUGGCGCGAGUGUGGGAAUCUUCGACGCGAUGAGCGCGUUCUCUGCGCCACAAUGAACUUCCGCGCUGCUGCGCGUCACGCGGUCUUUCGCUGAGGACGAGGCGCACACACACACAUACACACACACACACGUGUGUGACGCACGACGUGUGUGUGUGUGUGUCUGUGAGUGAGUGUGUAUGUGUGUGUAUAUGUGCUCUCUCUCGCAUGCUCGCGCGUGGAGAAAGGAAUACGGGCGGCGAGAAGCGCGAGCGGCGGCACACACAGGGACGAUAAUAGCUGGGGUGCUACCAUGUGAGUGAUACGCGAGAGAGGAACGCGAAGGGCCCCCUCUCCCCUCCUCAAACACGCUUGUACGCGCGCGAGCGUACUCCACUCUCUCGAGGGAUCGACUCUCUCGGGGUUCCUUUCGUAACCCCCGCGCGGUAACAACGAUCAUCACGACGACGACGACGACGACGCUCAUCUCGAUCGUCAUCCCGACGAUGUCCUCCGGCAGGAGCGGCGGCCUGGCGUCGCCCUCGGCGGGCGGACCCGUGAUCCGCUGUGGCCACCUCAAGAAGCUCAAGACGAUGAAGAAGAAGUACUUCGUGCUGCGCGGCGAGGGGCCCGGCUGCCUCGCCUGCCUCGAGUACUACGACAGCAAGAAGAAAUUCGAGAACAGGCAGCCGCCGAAGCGCAGCAUCCUACUGCACAGCUGCUUCAACAUCAACAAGCGCGGCGACACCAAGCACAAGCACGUGAUCGCGCUCUACACCAAGGACGAGUGCUUCUGCUUGAUCCUCGACAAUGAGAAGGAGCUGGACGAGUGGCUCAAGGCGAUGCUCAGGCUACAGAGCGGGGACGUGCCCGACGGGGAGCAGCCGCGGCCUACAUUCGAACACGUAUGGCAAGUUACAAUGCAAAAAAGAGGUCUAGGGGCACGAAAGAAUAUUCACGGACCUUACAGAUUAUGCCUCACCGAUCAAACUUUAAGUUUAGUGAAGAUUGGGGCACAAGAUAACUCCGAUUCUAUCGAGAUUUCUCUAAAUUACAUUAGACGAUGUGGAUUCGCGGAUGAUAUAUUCUACAUUGAAGUCGGCCGAUCCGCCGUAACUGGAGACGGUGAAUUUUGGAUGGCGGUUGAAGACAACAAUAUCGCGCUCAACAUGUACGAUGUAAUAACGACUGCGAUGAAAAAUUCGAAAAGUAACAAAGACGAGGUGGCGCCUCGUCAGAGAACACGUAGUUCCUCCGCCAAUGAAGCCAGCAAACCUAUAUCCGUUCUCCAAAGACGGCAUACGGGUCAAAAGCUUCAUGGCUUUUCACCUCUGGCCGUUGCUGGUACCGGGGCUUGGACUACUGGGAUUGCCACGACUAAUGCCAACAGUGCCGGUACCGCUAGACGUCGUCAUUCGGUAGCGAGUCAUCCUCAUUCCGUCAAUAAUUCCCAAUCCAUUCAUGUCACAACAGCAACAAAUGCAACUAUGACCACUGUCACUACCACUACCAUCACUGCAACCACCACUACCAUCACCACCACCAUUACUGCGACCGUCACCGCGACGAUCACUACAACCACUACCGCGACAAUAUCCCAUCAGAGAACCUUGUCGCUGCCCUUAGCUGCCGUUAUUAUCAAUCAAACGCAACCAUCUAAAAGAUCCGUUUUACGGUGUGCUACUGGGCGCGAUCGAUGUGACAGUUUGCCGUCAAGGGCCCGCAACACUAACGAAGCACAACCGGCCACAAUUGUGUUAAGCCAUCCUAGAGGAGCCCAUAUCAUGUCGCACGUACCGCGGCCGCAUUCCAUGUGUGGACGAGGCCUUUCGUAUUCUCCACCAGUCGCAUCAAUGCCGAUUAGUCCGUCUUCCGACGUUUGUUCAUCGGAUUCGGCCGGAUCGUCACCCUCGAUGGACGAUUGUGGUGAGAAUAUCAUGGAAGAAAGCACUGUCUCAAGGUACGGGCAUUCCUUGACACCCGAUGAGCCUAUAAUCUUGGACAAGAAAGGUGAUGAUUACGCCCUGUGGUCAACGUCGCAUCCACAUUUAAAAUACUCGCCAAACUUUAAAUCUCAUUCGCCCUCUCAGAGUUCCUACCAGAGUGAAAUGUAUAGUCCCUGCGGUUCAAGUCCGGGACGUGGUGGCGCAUAUAUACCCAUGAGCCCGGCAACGACGGCCCAUUCUCGCGGAUCAUCUCUAGUGGAAGAAAGCAACGUAGACGGUUACGUACCGAUGGCACCUGUUGGAGAUGACGGUUAUGUCGAUAUGGAUCCUGUAAAUAGUCACAACGGUCACUUUCCAGACGAUAUAUCGCAGAAUGAUGGUAGUAGUUGUUCCGUUACAUCCGGUACGCCUAGUACGGAUUUGCGGUUCUCCGAGUAUCAUUUGGACAAAGUAACGAGCUUUUUAACACCAGGGGAGGAUGUCCAAGCCAGACCGACCAGAGCUUACUCUGUUGGAUCCAGGCCGGAACAAGCCAAUAGGCAUCGUAAGAACAGGUUGGACAUCACUCCGCAAGACGCCAAUAGAGUACGAGCAUUUUCCGUAGGUAGUCGAUCCAAGAGGCCCGAGAUCGGAAGGCUAGCCAAUGUAAUUACCGCGCCAUUACCAGCUGGUGCCGACACAGCAAAUUCAAAGUCGAGUUCCGCGCCAUUAUUGUCGAGCUCUUGGGGACACAACUCGGGCUGCUCUGGAGUGUCCGAUCGCAUGGAAGAUCUCAUGGAAUUGGAUUUCACGAGGCCCAGUAUUCCGACCGCUCUCUCCUCGCCUCCGUCAUCUUCUUCCCAACCUCAAUCGCAGCCGCAACCGUACUCUACUUAUUCUACUGCCACCGACACUAGUUCCUAUGUCGACAUGUCGCCCGGACAAGCUCCCAUAUCGACCACUGCCCCAUAUGUCGAUAUGAGUGGCAUAAAUAAGAUCAAUCGCAAUAACAAUAAUAAUACAAUCACUGCCAAUCACAAUCAUAGCCACAUGCAUAUAUCAUCGUUAACUUUCACCCAUAAACCUGUAAUUACAACUUUAAAGCCGGUGGAAGAAGCGGAGGGACCUUACAUGAAGAUGGACGGUACGAUAGAGGAUUGGACUCAUUCGGAAGCGAGCCCAAAACAAAUAUCUUUGCCUGUUCAAGAUGAUAUCUAUCAAACAAAUGGGCCACCAGGUAGUACAAGAACGGCACCGGUAGAUCUUCCGCAACCGAGGCGUCCUCCAGAGGGGUACGUCGAGAUGUCUUUUAAAGCACGGCCAAGUUUAGAGCAAGACUACAUAAAUAUGAGCAUGGGUGGGAACAAUCGAAAUAAUCGUAAAACACGGACGGGCAGUCGCAAGGAAAAAUCGCGAUCGCAACCAAUAGCGAUUCAGGCGGGCAGUAAGCCGUCUAAAACUCCAAAUUUUCUACCUUUGAAUGGAAGUCCGACAUCCGAGAGUCUGGCGAGCACGCCCGCCUCUCCGCCGCGAGCCACGCCAACGGGUUCAUCGGCCACGAUCUUCCCCUUUUCCCUGAACAGUCCUCAGUCACCCGUGAAACCUUUCAUGAAAAAAAAUGAUGAGUUCUCUACGGACGUUUCUAACCAAAAUAAGAAUGAUGAAUACGCGGUAAUGGAACCCGCGAAGAGGGUUUGUAUGUCGUGUUCUACCCCAUUGACGGAGACAAUGUCCUCGUCGAAGGCGAAUAAUGAGAAGUCACCUAGUCCUGUAGAGAAGAAUGUUCGGGUUAUAUUAAAGUCUUCGUUAUCGCAAGAACAUGGUAAGCCCAUUAACGUAAUAACGAAAAAACUCUCGGAUCUAACAGUGUCGAAACCGCGUCUCGUCACGGCCUCGCCAAACACCAGUCCCACCCUGACGGGUUUCAAGCCAUCAACCGUGCAACAGCCGAAGCCAUCCUCGCCAAAGUUCAUCGACGAGACCCCCACGCCUACGCCCACGUCUACACCCACGCCUACGCCAAGUCCAUUGGACAGCGAGGGCUACGAGAAGCUUCAACCGGGCGCGACAAUACUGCACUACGCUAGUCUCGAUCUACCGGAGAUCGAUAAUCCAGCGCCAGUGUCGCCGGCGUCCACACAGGAGAAUUUUACCUACGCCGAGAUCGACUUCGCGAAACUCAAACAGACCUAAAAUAUGCGCAUUCAGGAUAUGCGCGUAUUUUGCCGCCCCCGUGUCGCGCAUGAAGUUGUGCGUGACGGGAUGGCUUGGCUGACGCCUCUUGUGUUCCCCACGAUAGCAACGAGUAGGCAGGGUAUAAUCGAUCGUUCUGACAUUGGCUCGGCUGGUCUAACGAACAAGGCGCCGGGUAGGAAACUGUAUAUAUAAUUAAUUUCUUUUUCUCUCCAGCCUAAUGGCAUUAUACCGCUUGCUGGUCUUUUUAGUGUAUGGAUUGGCAGCCUAUUUUAAAUCGUUUGAGAAAUAAGCAUCGUUGGUACCUAUAGUUCUGGUUGUACUGCAUUAAUAUCGUAUUUUAUCGGAAUGAUGUGAAAUUUUUUAAUAUGGGUAAGGUAUACUUUUUUUUUUAUUGCUGAUUCCGAACAGAGUCCUUAAAUCUGUCCGCAUAUAUGCUAUUUCUAAUAUGUAUUUAACGGUCGGAAAAAUUGAACAGAAAAGAGCAAACUACAAAAAUGUUAUCUUUUAUUUAGUUAAAUAAUGUAUUUGUAUAAUUGGUCAGUGUAGAAAGGAUUUCUUCAUAUUAGAUAAUAUAUCACCUAGUUCAAUGAAAA